UGCAGAGGACCAAGCAGUCACUUACCUGCACUUACCUGCACAUGGCCAAGAACCAAUGCCUAUUGAAAGUAUAACACUGACGGGUCGAUAAUUCUACAGAAGAUGGAGGAAAAUCCACAGUUACAUCUGAAAAUGUAAAACUCGAGAAAGAAACCCACCGUCUCAGGAUGCAGCUCCCAGUGGAGGAAAUGGAUCUCCAGAAGGCCAUUGCGAAUGUUCAGCCACAGCUGGUGGAGUCCCUGAGUCAUGCCCCUGAAUGGCUGCUUAUGAAAGCCAAACAUUUCCUCCCUCACGUGGACCUGAGUCAUGUGGCUGGAAUUGCUGACUGCAAAGAAAAGGUCUUGUUGGUCCUCAGCACAGUUGAGAAUGCAGGACCCAGCAUUUGGAAGCAGUUUAUUCAGUGUCUCUGCAUGGAAGGCAACCUCCCCAUGCACCUGGAAAUACUACUUAUGAGUGCCUCAGGAGAAGGUAAUUUAAACCAGAAACAAGAAGACUUUGCAGAAGGAAGUGUUCCAUCUCCUCAGCCUACAGGACCUGAACGACGUCGUCAUGGAAGCAGUUCUCCUCCCAAUGGUAAAGAGUCUAAACAGCAGCGAUUAGAUUCAGCUGAAAGGUACCGGCAUCUCAUCAUCACGUCAAUAAGCCAAAGGUAUGGAAAUAAGAGAGCAGCAGGAGCAGCUGUCCUGGGACAAGCACAGCCACCAGCUUUCAACCAAGCCUUCAUCAAUCUAGUUGUCCGGCAAAGUAAAUCUCCUAAACUAAAAGAGAGAGCAGAUAAGCCCAAGGAGGACUCAGCAGGCAUGCAGGAGGCAGAGGAAUGCGUGGACACAGCUGUGAAAAUCUUAGAUCUGUUUGAAAGCGUUGUUAGCUCGGGUACCACCAGGGUUAUUCUUUUGUUUGGCAAACCGGGUAUGGGAAAGACCAUGUUGAUGCAUAGGCUUUGCCAGAAGUGGGCAGAAGGAGCCUUGCAUCAAUUUCUGUUUACUUUUCUUUUUGAGUUUAGGCAGCUGAACCUAAUAAGCAGAAAGCUGACUUUAAAGGAGCUUUUGUUUGACUUGCUCCUCCAGCCAGAAGAUAGCCCUGAUGCAGUGUUUCAACACCUGGUGGAGAAUGCCCAGCGCACACUGUUCAUCUUUGAUGGGCUGGAUGAAUUUGUGGGGAACAUAAGCCAGCCAUCCUCAGCUGGUGUAAGCCCGGCCCUCCUCAGGUCUAUGUCCAUAUCUGAGCUGUUUGCCAAUCUCUGUUUUGGAAAACUUCUGCCUGGGUGCACGGUGCUGGUCACCAGUCGGCCUAAGAAACUACCUGGCUUUCUGUUAAGCAGAGCUGAUCUGCUGGCAGAAAUCUGGGGAUUUGACCACGAGAGAGUUGAAGAGUAUGCCAGCCAGUAUUUUCACGAACAUUUCUUCAAAGAUCAGGCCAUUGCUCACCUGAAAAACAAUAGCAAGCUUAUGAGUAUGUGCUUUAUCCCUGCCUUGUGCUGCAUUGUCUGUGUCUGUUUGGAAUAUUUGCUGAGGAAUCGUUUGCUGAAUGUGGAACUUCCUCAGACCAUGACCCAAUUUUAUAUCAAAAUGCUCCUCAUCUUUAUAAGUAAACAGCAGACAGAGGACACUGUGAGUGAAGACAAGCAGCUGAAUCUCCACAGGAUGGCCAUUUUGGGCCUGUGUGACCUUGCACUGAAAGGCCUGGAAGAGAAGAAGAUAGUGUUUUAUGUCAAUGAUAUCCCAGAGCAUGUGAAAGCGUUUGCUUCUUUGCAUGGGUUACUAACUGUCUUUGAGGUGAAGAUGAGCGACAGCCUCCCAGAGGCUGGCCAUGCCUUUGUGCACUUGAGUCUUCAGGAGUUUUUUGCAGCACUGAGUCUGAUGAUAAACAGCGCAGUUGAUGGAAACUACCUGAAGAGAAAGUUCUCUCUGAAGUCAAAGUGGACUUUAAAAAAUGAAACCAGGACUGAGUUCAUGGAGAAUUUUCACAUCUUUCUCUCAGGCCUCUCGUCAAAAGAGUGUAGGACGUUCCUUACCAUGUUAUCUGAGCAAAGCCAGGCCUGGGUGCAGGACAAGCAAGCCGCCAUCUUGCAGUCAUUGAGGAAGCUGGCAGCUACUAAUCUAACAGGGCCCAAAAUAAUUGAGCUGUGCCAUUGCACUUAUGAAACACAAGACCUUGAAUUAGCCCAGCAUGUUGGGAGCCAGUUAAAUUUCAAGUAUGAAUUUAGAAACUUUAGGUUGACGCCUCUAGAUGUUUCAGCUUUAGUUUUCGUCAUUAACUGUGGCCGGGAUUUGACUCAAUUGGAUUUUGCAGGCUGCCCCAUGGAAUUAGAUUGUUUGGAAGUUCUAGCCAGCUGCAAAAAUAUCGAACACCUGAGUUUUAGGAGCAGGAAAUAUGGUGACGAAUUUGCAGUUGCUCUUUUCAAAAGCUUACCGAAGAUCACGUGUCUGAAGAAACUAGAGCUAACUGGUGGGAAUAUCACUGCUCUGGGGCUAACUGGCCUGACACAGGUUUUUUCAAACUGUCUUCAACUUGAAGAAAUAAACUUCCAGGACAAUCGACUGAAGGACCAAGAAAUAGUGAAGAUCACUGAAAUGUUUUCCAGAGUGGAAAAGCUAAAGAUGAUUGACUUAAGCCAUAACGAUAUUUCUGUGACGUCUGUUCUUUCUUUGGCGAAGGGAGCCACUACUUGUCCAGAUGUUACUGAACUACAUAUAAGGAAGGACACUGUCAUGAUAUAUUUUUCUGGACAGUCUAAAAGAAUUCCAAGAUCACCAAAUUUGAGGAGAAGAAAAAACAAAGAGGAAAAUGUUGCUCAAAUAAGAACUUUGACGUUACGCUUACAGGAUUGCGGCCUUCAUUUACAACAUGCAGUCGAGAUUGCUGCUCUUCUCAGGGGCUGCCCCCACCUCUCAGAAGUGGAUUUAUCAGGUAACCAGCUUGGUGAUGAAGGCUUCAGAAAGCUGGCAGAAAGUCUGCCCAACAUGUGUAUUUCUAAGCAGUUGGAUGCCAGUAACAACCAGGUAUCAGUGGAUGGUGUUUGCUACCUGUUGAAUGCCAUGAACACCUGCGUCAACGUGGCGGAGCUUGAAGCCAGCCUUCAUCAUCAGACUGCAAUCCUGAAGUUCAUAGGAGAUAAAGAAUUUGACUCUACCCAUUCCAGAGGACAGUUCAUGUUCAGAUCUGAUCAUGUGUAUUGUUCCAGGGGCAUCUCACUUAGUGGCGACCACUCAGGUGAAGAUGAGAGCCAGAAGUCUAUGAUCUCAAGGAAAAUAAGGCUGACAAACAGUGGUUUUCCCACCAGAGAUCUGGACAAGCUGUGUGCUGUAUUGAAGAAAUGUAGUAGCAUAUCAGAGCUAGAUUUGUCAAAUAACGCUCUGGGAGACCAGGGAGUUGGGAUGCUGGUUGGACUCCUUCCAGAGCUGCAGGCCAUGAGUUCCCUAAAGCUGAGUGGUAAUGGGAUAUCCCUGAGUGCCGUGUUUGGCUUAGCUCAGUGCAUGUCUGCACUGGAACGUAUUAAAUCAGUAGACAUCAGCCUGGGAGACACUCAGUCACUCCAUUUAACCUUCUGGGAAAGCGUCAGGAACAGCAGUACAAGCAGAUCUGCAAGAAAGUUUCCAUCGCAUCCCCAACAUCUAGAGCACGACCAUUGCUUUCGUCUUAGGGAAUGCCCGGUGGGUCCCACGGACAUGGACAAGCUAUGCCAGAUCCUUGGCAAAUGCGCUGUAUUGACAGAACUUGAAUUAUCUAGAAAUGCACUUAGCGAUCAAAGCGUUGAAAGGCUGCUAGCAUCCCUACCAUGUUUGCACAGUCUAAAGCUACUGAGUAUUAGGAAUAACAAGUUCUCACCAAAUUGCACUCUCUUACUGGCCAACUCCCUCAAUCUGUGUGAGCGAAUCAGGGAAGUCGAAGUCAGAUCAAGUGAAAAUGCAUUUUUGCAUUUUGAGAGGAGGACAGAGAGCCAAGAAACACCCUGCCGUUCAGGCUCCAAGGCAACAUCACUUGUCAAGUUCACAAGAGAAGAUGAACCAAGGAAGAUUUUGAGGCUAACAGAGUGCUUCUUUCAACCAGAACACCUGCCAAAACUGGUCUCUCUACUGCAAAUGUGCACCAGCUUGACAGAGUACAUAUCAACAAACAACAACAUGACAACCAAAGCCGUGGAUGAUCUUCUGAAGGCACUGAGGAAAAGUCAGGGAACACUGAGAAUAAGCAUUGAAGAGGCAUGGGUGCGGGAGGAACGUGUCGCUAGCCUUCUGCAGAUGGCUGUCCAACCUCAUGGGAAUGUUACGGAGAUCACGAUAUUAAAAGGCAAAGGUCUCCUGCGAGUGAGGGUGGGGUUUCCCUGUCAAACGGAGAAGAUGGAGUCUGUGGUUAACAGAUUGAAUCAGUGCGAACUGGAGGUGAAGCACAUCCACUGUCUGGAGAGGCUCGUUGAGAAAUGCAUGCAGCUUCAGGAGCUGAGCUGGUCUCACGUUGACCUCAACAAUGCUGAAGAAGCAACACUCAUCAAUGCGCUUCUUCCUCUUCCAGCGCUGAAGAAGUUUGAGCUGACGGCCAGCAGUGUUCUGCCAAGGGGAAUGGGAUAUCUUGUGGCAGGGUUGCAGCAAUGUCAUGCUGUUGAAGAGCUUAACCUCAGUUCGUUGGAACUUGAUGACACGGCCACUCUCAUGCUGGUGUCAGGACUUCACCAAAUGCCUUUACUGAAAAGACUCCUCUUGAACAAUAACAGUAUUGGGAGUGAAGGCUGUGCCCACCUGGCAGAAGCACUGAAGAAUGCUGCUCACAUGGAAGAAAUCAAUUUAAGCCAUAACAAGUUUGAGCGUGCUGGUCUGGAAAAAAUAGCCGCGCUCCUGCCAGAAAUGAAAAACUUAAAGAAAGUCAACCUGUCGUCGAACUUCAUUGGCCCAGCAGGAGGGGAGACGCUCGCAGAGGCUCUGGCUCACUGCAGAGGUGUUGAGGAGCUACUGUUAGCAAGGAACCAUGUCGGAGACAGCACUGCAGCGAAACUCUCCCUCUCUUUGCCUAACAUGUGCUACUUGAAGAUCCUUCAUCUGCAGUCCAAUUACAUUGGUUCACUUGGAGGAACACAGCUGGCCAAAGCCCUGGUUAAGUGCCAGUACCUAGAAGAGAUAAGUUUGUCAGAGAACAGCUUUGGGGAAGGUGCCAUCCGCACCUUGGCAGAGGGGCUUCCGCAUUUCACCUGGCUCAGAAGGAUUGAACUGAAACUCUGUGGAAUCAGCGACGGUGUUUCCAAACAGCUUGCCCUUGGCUUCAGUCGUUGUCCUGUCAUUGAAGAGAUCAUACUGUCAUGGAACAGCCUUGGUGAUGAAGGUGCCCUGGCGCUGGCUGAAGUUCUCCCGAGAAUGGCUAGGCUCAGGAUGCUAGAUCUGGACCAAAACCACAUUGCAGCCCGUGGUGCCAGAAAGCUAGCGGAGGAGCUCGCCAGCUGUUGUGGAAUUCAAGUCAUCCGGCUUUGGAACAACCGAAUACCCAAGAAUAUUGAAGAAAGUCUUACGAAGGAAGAUGCCAGAUUGCAGUUCACGUUCUUUUCAUAAAGGAAGCACAUUAAAUGAGGAAGAGCUGAUUGGGCAGGUACCAUUAGCCCUAUCCUGGACAAAUGCACUAAAGAGGAGCCUAGAGGAACUAAGAAAUCCAAAUUCUAAAAAUAAAUAGUUCUAGCAUUCUUGUCCAGGUCUUAGAACACAGAGGUUUUCAUAAACUUUAAUAAUUAUAAUAUAAACUGCAGACUAAACUUCCUCCGGCAUUUGGUUGUUCUAAGGAUACUCCCUGCAAGACCUCUGUACUCCUGGCCUUUAGUUCUCUUGACCUCAAAGAGAUUUAAUUUUUUAUAUACCUGUACUGAAGCCAGUAGGAUCCUCUUGGUCUGACAGGGCAAGUCAAAAGAAUAGCUCCAUAUCUUUAUCCAGGACAGGACUCACCUGGUAGCAGGGUAAGUCAGAAGACUUCUGUAUCCCAGUAUCUCAGUGCGGUGAGCAGGAUCCCGACACCCUGUCUGAAUACGACGUGUGCUUCCCUCAGACAGUAUCAUUCCAGGGCCGGGCAAAAUACUCUCCGCACACUUGUGACUGGUUUGAAAUACGACUGUUCUGGAUUUUGUUUUGAUUCAGCCCUCUCCUGUGUGAGCAUUAGCCUACUGUCAAGCAAGCAAAGACCAGUCUUCCUACUUUGAUCACGUAAAGACCAUGUUUCUAUGAGAAAAUACCCGUGUGGCUUAGCACAAAGUUGUGAAUACUGUGAGUGAUGUACUUCAGGGUGUGAUCCAGGGAAAAUUAUUCCCUGUUUUCUUACUGCUUUAAUAGUUUCAGUGGGCCUGCAAAGCUAAAUGAGGCCUUGAAUUUGCGGUUAAGGUGAAGGCCUGUGUGUGGUCUUUGAAGAAAUGCUGCAAUUGCUACAUGGCCCCAAUCCUGGGAUCUGAUCUGUGUGAGCAGGGAAUCAAAGGAUCUGCCCACACAUCCAGUUGCAGGAUGGGGGCCAUGCUGUGCACCUUAUGUACGCCCAUUCGUUGCAAUGAGAGUGACUGGCGUGUUUUGUACUGUAAAUAUUUAAUCCCUGAAAGGGGUUUAUUUAUCAAUUUGUUUACAUCAGUGGUUUGGGAGCAUCUUUCUGUUGUGCUAGAACAGGCAGAAUGCUACAGAGCACUGAUAAGUGAAUGCUUAGCAGAGCACACGUAUGGCUGCUUCCCACUGGCCCAUGAAGAGUGAGUGGUGAACCCUUUUAUUUAUAGACAAAGUGUUAUGUUUCCCCAGGUGCUUAUUUGGGUUUAUUCAUAUGGCUCCCUGGGGGGAGGCCAGGCAGGUUGCAGAGUGAUACUCGGAAAGGGGAUAGUUGGACGGGGUGGUGAGCCCAGAGUCACCAGGCCCCAACCGAGGAACACGGGAGCACGUGUGCCCGGAGCUCACGCGCACAUUGAAGCACAUGCUUCGCUGGAUCGGGGCUCCUUCCUUUCCGUGUUCCCAGAGGUCACUUGCUUGAUUUACAAAUGAAAACAGGGUUUUCUGAAUGGCCAGGGGCCCAGCAAAGCACACCUGGGUGGCUCUCGCGUUGCCCCUGCACUCAAGCAGCACCUGUGUCCUGCGAGUUUGAGUCCUGCCCUUCGCAGGGGUCUGAGACCGCUUGUUGGACACAACUGUUCUCUGCCCACGGGGCUCCCACACGUCAUGGAACCGCCACCCCCUGCUGACAGCGAAAAUUACCACUUGACUCCAGGAGCGGGGACUGAAGUCAGCCCUGGGCGGGGAGGCAGGAGGGAGGGAAGUGUAGCCACAGCCCACGGACUCAGCUGCAGGCAGGGGGCCUGUAAUCUGAGCUCUGCCACCCUGGGCAUUGGGACUCAGGCUUUACCCCUGAGUUCCAGCAAGUUUAAACCAGACUCAGCAACAGCAUUAAAAGGGGGUCCUGACACACCUGGUGGUCCUGACCCACAGUCUGAGAACUGCAGAGCUACAGUCUCCUUCCAGAAAUCUGGUGAUCAGAUUCACUGAUUCUAAUGGUCCCUUCUGGUCUGAAAAUCUAUGAAAUUUAGGCUGGGAACCUAAAAGUCAAGUUGGUUUUUUCCUGUAUUUUAAACCUGCAUUGGUCAGUUUGUGCACUGAAUUACAGAAACCCCCAACUUCCGACCCCCUGAGUUGCAACUCCUCACACUUACAACCAUUUUUGGAAGUGCAGAAGGGGCUGAAAACGCCCCAAUUUACGUCCUCAGCCCGCAUUUAUGACGGUGCACAGCGCCUAUCGUAAAUGAGGGUUCAAGUUAUGAUGCCCCCAACUUGCAACGCUUCCUCAGGAACCAAUUGCAUCACAAGUAGGGGGCCGGCUGCCUAUACAGCCAUAGUUUUGUCACCUUCAAAAGCAGGUUCUCUGGUUUUGUCACAUACUCAUUCUGUUUAUUCCAUGGGUAAAAAUUACAGCUCUUGUAAAAACAAAUUUCUUUGCCUGUUUUAUCAUUUUAUCCAUAACAUUGUAACUUCUACAUUUGGACAUGCUCAGAUUCUACUCCAGGUUAUUUUUUUCUCUUAUCAGUUGAAAAACUCACUGUUGUACAUUUGUAUACGUUGUAAUGGAAGCAUAUGUGUGACUAUUGAAUAAAGAGCACCUGGG